CAUAUUUUGCUCGCUUGCCCCUCUUUUCCUGUUUCUCACAAUCAUGCAGCCGGAGAGUGUAGCAAACUAUCUGGAGGACAAGAGCCUUCUCGUCACCGGUGCCACCGGGCUCAUAGCAAAGUUGUUUUUGGAGAAGGUACUUCGAAUUCAACCGAAGGUGAAGAAGCUUUACCUGUUGGUGCGCGCAGCUGAUUAUGUUUCCGCAAAGCGCCGUGUGGAAACUGAGGUUAUGCAAACUGAGGUAUUUGAAAUUCUGGAAGAGAAAUACCAAGGGAACUUUCCUUCAUACUUCUGGGACAAAGUCUGCCCUUUGGCAGGAGACAUUACCUUUGAGGAUUUGGGAAUACACGAAGACAAACUUAAAGAAACCCUCUGGAGCGAAAUUAAUGUCAUCGUCCAUGUAGCGGCAAACAUAGACUUUAACGAAAGGUAUGAUACAGCUUUGGGCAUCAACACAUUUGGAGUAAAGCAUAUUUCAGCAUUUGCAAUGAGAUGUCCGAAACUGAAGAUGCUGCUCCAUAUUUCAACUGCUUACGUUACUCCAGACAAUCAAGGCGCCCUAUUAGAACAACCACUUUCAGCUGUGAAGGGCCUUGACAUUGAAGCUGAGAUGGCACUGGUACAAGAACAACUGAAGGAGUUAACUGACAAUAAAGCUUCAGAAGAUACUGUAAGGCUUUCAAUGAAAAAAUUAGGCCUGAUAAGGGCUCAAACAUUUGGGUGGUCUAACACUUACACAUUUACAAAAGCAAUGGGAGAGAUGCUUUUUUACGACUUAAGGCGGCACCUUCCCCUUGUUAUAUUGCGCCCAACCAUAGUUACAAGUACUUGGAAGGAACCAUUUCCUGGAUGGAUAGAGGGAGUAAGAACAACUGAUGCAUUUAUCACUGGCUAUGGCAUGGGACAUCUGAAAUAUAUACCUGCAGAUGUCACAACAAUCUUGGACUUGGUCCCUGGAGACCUUGUAGUAAAUGCAAUGCUCACAAUCAUAGCCAGCAGCUAUAAAGAAUCAUCGGUGUUCAUCUACCAGAUAGGCUCUUCAACAAGGAAUCCAAUAACAAUUGGUAAACUGGCUGAAGAGGCUUAUAGGUACUUCUUGAGGAAUCCCUGCAUCAGAAGUGAUGGCAGAAUCAUCAAGGUGAAAGAGCCGUACUUUGUGACAACUAUGACUGGCUUCUACAUAUAUAUGGUUGUACGAAACAAACUACCUCUUCAGGUUCUGCGGGUAUUAGGAGCACUGCAUUCUUCUGCACGGAGUCAAUACAAUCGUCUCAGCAGACAAUACAACCGUACAGUAAGAGUGGUUAAAGGCUACAAACCCUAUACUUUCUUCCAUGGAAGGUUUGAUGACACUAACAUGCAAAAACUCACAUCCUCGCUAGCGGAGAGGGAUAAAAAAUUGAUUGCCUUUGAUACCAAGAGCAUUGACUGGGAAAGUUACCUCACAGACAUUCACAUUCCAGGCAUAUUCAAGUAUGGAAUAAGAGCAGACAAGAAAACAAAAAAAUGAUAGAACCAAGGCUUCGGGGUGCAGCUUCAAAUUAUGUCUAAUAUUUUCCUGAAAAUCAAGCUAUGUGUUAUGUUACUAACAGUGUGCACUAAAAAAGAAAAUAUUAUCAUUAUGCAAUUUCUCUUACUAGAAUCUUGAUUAUGCGCCACACCAUACAAAAUGUAUCGUCCUUUUUUUGGUUCAAAAAGUUCAUCAUGUAAAAUGCAAUGGAAUUCAAAGAAUGCAGUUAAGUUUA